AUAGCGGAGUCCUCGCGACCAUUUUGGGCAGCGAGCGAAACACGUGUCCGUCGUUCCUCAUUCGGAGCUUCACCAUAUCAUCUCGACGCUUGACCUGCCAUUGCUCUCUCUCUCCCUCUCUCGUAUCGAGAAUGUGUGGAAUCCUGGCAGUGUUGGGUUGCUCUGACGAAUCCCAGGCCAAGAGGGUUCGAGUUCUUGAGCUCUCUCGCAGGUUGAAGCAUAGAGGUCCAGAUUGGAGCGGGCUGCACCAGUAUGGUGAUUGCUACUUGGCACACCAGAGGCUGGCCAUUGUUGAUCCUGCCUCAGGAGACCAACCCUUGUACAACGAGGACAAGAGCAUCGUCGUCACGGUGAAUGGAGAGAUCUACAACCAUGAAGAGCUAAGGAAACUCUUGCCUAACCACAAAUUUAGGACAGGCAGCGACUGCGAAGUUAUUGCUCAUCUGUAUGAGGAAUAUGGCGAAGGAUUCAUCGAUAUGUUGGAUGGAAUAUUCUCCUUUGUGUUGCUUGACACGCGCGAAAACAGCUACAUUGCUGCUCGCGAUGCAAUUGGAAUUACUCCCCUUUACAUUGGCUGGGGACUUGAUGGAUCUGUUUGGAUAUCGUCUGAGAUGAAAGGAUUGCACGACGACUGUGAGCACUUUGAGGUGUUUCUUCCUGGGCACUUGUACUCCAGCAAAGGAGGCGGCUACAAGAGAUGGUACAACCCACCCUGGUUCUCUGAGGCAAUUCCUUCAACGCCUUACGAUCCCAUUGUUCUCAGAGAAACAUUUGAGAAGGCUGUGAUCAAAAGGCUCAUGACUGAUGUUCCAUUUGGAGUGUUGCUAUCCGGUGGCCUUGAUUCAUCACUAGUUGCAGCGGUGACAUGCCGGCACUUGGCUGGCACAAAAGCUGCAGAGCAGUGGGGAACUCAACUCCACUCCUUCUGUGUUGGCUUAGAGAGUUCGCCGGAUUUGAAGGCAGCAAGGGAGGUUGCAGAUUAUUUAGGAACACUUCACCAUGAGUUCCACUUCACUGUUCAGGAUGGCAUUGAUGCUAUCGAGGAUGUGAUCUACCAUAUCGAAACAUACGACGUGACAACAAUUAGAGCCAGUACACCAAUGUUCCUCAUGUCUCGGAAGAUCAAGGCGCUGGGAGUGAAGAUGGUGAUCUCUGGCGAGGGCUCGGAUGAGAUAUUUGGAGGUUAUUUGUACUUUCACAAGGCGCCAAACAAGGAAGAAUUACACAUGGAGACAUGUAGAAAGAUUAAAGCUCUCCAUCAAUAUGAUUGCUUGAGGGCUAACAAAGCAACAUCAGCUUGGGGGCUUGAAGCUCGUGUGCCAUUCUUAGACAAGGAGUUUAUAAAUGUCGCAAUGAGUAUCGAUCCUGAAUCAAAAAUGAUCAAGCCCGACCUCUGUCGAAUUGAAAAGUGGGUACUGAGGAAGGCCUUUGACGAUGAGGCGAACCCCUACCUGCCAAAGCACAUUCUUUAUAGGCAGAAGGAGCAAUUCAGUGAUGGUGUUGGCUAUAGCUGGAUUGAUGGACUGAAGGCUCAUGCAGCAGACCAUGUGUCCAACAAAAUGAUGCAAAAUGCAAAGAACAUAUAUCCACACAACACACCAACUACAAAAGAAGCCUACUACUACAGAAUGAUCUUCGAAAGGUUCUUCCCACAGAACUCUGCAAGGUUGACUGUUCCUGGGGGUCCUAGUGUGGCAUGUAGCACUGCAAUGGCGAUCGAGUGGGACGCUCAGUGGGCAAAGAAUCUCGAUCCCUCGGGCAGAGCUGCACUCGGAGUCCAUGUUUCGGCCUGCGAUCCGACCGCGCCCCCUUUGAUCGCAGCUGGAACCAAUCCUGGGGUGCUUAUCAACAAGAAGCAGAGCAUGAUGGAAGUGAAGAAAGCACCAGAGCUCACUAUAAAUUCCUAGUCAUUUAGAAAACACAAACUACUACUGUAAUCCAGGUAUUUGAGUGAUUGACAUGGUAGCUACUUAAGUUUCAUUCCAUGUAAGGGGAGUGACUGUUGAAUGUAAUAUCAAUAAAAUUUGAAAUUGGUUUGUUCGCCUAA